ACGGGGUUGUCGCCACCUUACCCUACAUAGAAUGGCGACGAUUAAGUCGGAUAUAAGUUCCUACUUGUAAUUAACUAAUUCGAACAUUAUUAAUUUGGUGGGGUCGUUAUUACUUGCAUAGAGAUAUAAAAAAACCCCAUCGUGAACGUGAAUCUUGGAAAUUCACAUUAAAUCACAUUAAUUUGAAUAUCUGAUUUCCCGUACCGGUAUACCCCCCUUAAAAUUGUUUAAUUCAUGACCUUGCUAUCGAUUACUGCACGACGGACUUUCACACAAGUGCUACGCCAAAACUCGAAAAUAUCAGUAAUACCUAGAUUCUCGCAGACGGCCAAUAUGACGACUGCCGUCUUCAAACACAUUGACGUAGCGGCAAUCCCGCAAGGGACAAGGCCGUGGGCCAAAGUCGAUACCGAAGCAACUUCGUUCAAGCUAGCCGAACACACGCGCCCGGUGAACAAUAUCCGGGGGCGGGAAAGCGAGUUUACGACGGACAACUGCGGCUUCGCCGUCUACACGGAGCCGUCGAACGAGAAAUCCUUCACGGACGACGCCGCCGUGCGCGGCCCCUAUUACCGGGAGAUCGAGGACCUGCUGAAGAAGCGCAUCCCCGGCGUGAAGAAGGUCGUCAUAUUCGACCACACCAUCCGGCGCCGCACCCCGGACGCCGCCCGGACCCCCGUGCAGCAGGUCCACGUCGACCAGACGGCGGCCGCGGCCGCGGCCCGGGUGCGGCGACAUCUACCUGCCGAGGAGGCGGAGGAGCUGCUGAAGGGGCGGUUCCAGAUCAUCAACGUGUGGCGGCCGAUCGGACACGCGGCGAGCGACCACCCGCUGGCGGUGAUCGACUGGCGGACGACGAAGCCGGGGGACUUCGUGCCGGUGGACCUUCUGUACCCUCGGCGAUCGGACUCGGCGACGGACAACGACGACGACGACCGGGGGAAAGAGGUGCGUCCCGACGAGGCCACGCGGUCCUCGGCGGAAGGGUACGAGGUCCGCGGCGAGACGUUGUCGGUCGCGCCCAGCGACGCCCACGCCUACUACUACCAGAAGGACAUGACGCCCGACGAGGUCCUGCUGCUCAAGUGCUACGACUCGUUCGGCGAGGGCGAGCCCCUGGGGAAGCCGGGGAUUGCGGUGGGGACCCCGCAUACGGCUUUCGUCGAUCCGCAGACGCCGAAGGAUGCGCCACCGCGGCAGAGCAUAGAGGUUAGGUGCUUGGUCUUUUAUGAGUGAUCGGUUAGGUUAGUUAUGUAGUGCUAUUUGUGCUGGCGUGGUGUGGAUGAGACUAUACCUUACCUGCCUAGGUAGGUAUGAGCGGCUGCUUUUGCAUUGCUACCUUAUCUGUUCAAUGGUUCAUAUGACGCUAGGUAGUCAAUUUAAAAAACAUGAGAAUUCUAAUAUAACUUCACGUAAAGAA